GAGUCGGGCUGGUGUGCCGCCAGGCGCGGGGCGUGCGGCGAGCGGAGCCGGCAGGAGCGCGCCGGGCAGCUGCCGCCGCCGUCCCGUGCGCGGGCGGCAGGAUGGAGCUGAAUUCCCUGCUGCUGCUGUUGGAGGCGGCCGAGUACCUGGAGCGUAGGGACCGAGAGGCCGAGCACGGCUACGCCUCUGUGCUGCCCUUCGACGGUGACUUCGCCAGGAAGAAAACAAAGACGGCCGGCCUGGUGCGCAAGGCCCCAAACAACAGGUCUUCACACAACGAACUAGAAAAGCACAGACGAGCUAAACUCAGGCUCUACCUGGAACAGCUCAAGCAGCUGGUACCCCUGGGCCCUGACAGCACACGACACACCACUCUGAGCCUCCUGAAGCGUGCCAAGAUGCACAUCAAGAAACUGGAGGAACAGGACCGCAGGGCACUGAGCAUCAAGGAGCAGCUGCAGCGGGAGCAUCGCUUCCUCAAGCGACGCCUAGAGCAACUCUCAGUGCAGAGUGUAGAGCGUGUGCGCACUGACAGCACAGGUUCUGCUGUGUCCACGGACGACUCGGAGCAAGAGGUGGAUAUAGAGGGCAUGGAGUUUGGCCCUGGGGAGCUGGACAGUGUUGGCAGCAGCAGUGAUGCCGAUGACCACUACAGCCUACAGAGCAGUGGCUGCAGCGACAGCAGCUAUGGGCACCCUUGCAGACGGCCUGGCUGCCCUGGCCUUUCAUAGGCUCCAUGUCCUUUGCUUCUUGACCCACCUGCCUGCCCACCUAGCCAAGCGUCUCAGCCUUCCAGUCCUCCCUUAACUGAAGCCAGCCUCGUCAUGAGCCUACUGCUGUGCUAUUCUCGAAUCUACAGCUGCUGCCUGGUCUGCCUGCCUCUGCCUGCCCACCCUUUGGUCAGGACUCCAACUGCCUGCCCCUUCUCUGCAGGGCAAGAUCCCAUGCUGGGAAGUAGGGUCAGGCUCUCACAUCUGGAGCCCAGCAUAGUCACCCAUGAUCUGUUCUCAGAUUCCUAAUCAUUCCAGAAGUAUUAAAUGUCAUGCUGCAAA